CCGUCACCUUCAUUACAUUAUCCUUCUAUGCUUUCAAUCCAACCUUUUCACUUCCAUACAAAAACACCCUCCAAAAAUCUGCGAUCAGGGUGGUCGUUCUCGUUUUGUUAUCUUGUGACAGAUACUUUGGCCUCCAUGUGUACCGUUCACACAUUCCUAAAGCCCGUUGUUUUUCUCUUUGUUUUCUUGGCUUCAUUUGGUUGGUAAUGGCCAUCUUUGCUUCCUCUUUAUAACUCCCAUUCUCGUAUCCAUUGUUCUUGUUGCAAAUAUCUAGUGGGUUUUCUUUUCGUUUUCUCAAUCAAUAUCAAACGGGUUCUGUUUGUUAUAGUUUGAUUCUUUUCCGGAAUUCCCCAUCUCAAAGAAUCAAUUUCUUUGCCUCUAUAAUCAUCCUUUGGUCAAUUCCAGUUUGCAAUGCCGCCUUCGUACUUCCCUCUUAGGUGGGAGAGCACCGGAGACAAGUGGUGGUAUGCUUCUCCCAUUGAUUGGGCAGCUGCCAAUGGCCUCUAUGAACUGGUCAGGGAGCUUCUCCACCUUGACUCCAAUCUCCUCAUUAAGCUCACCUCCCUUCGUCGAAUCCGCCGCCUUGAGACAGUCUGGGACGAUGAAGCUCAGUUCGAAGAUGUUGCCAAAUGUCGCUCUCAUGUUGCUAGAAAACUCCUCCUCGAUAGUGAAACAAAGAGGGGUCAUAACUCUCUCAUUAGAGCUGGCUAUGGCGGUUGGCUUCUGUACUCUGCUGCCUCUGCUGGGGAUGUGGAUUUUCUCACGGAAUUGCUAGAGAGAAACCCUCUUCUUGUCUUUGGAGAAGGAGAAUAUGGGGUUACCGAGAUAUUCUAUGCUGCAGCAAAGAGCAAGAAUUCUGAGGUUUUCAGACUGUUGCUUGAUUUUGCAUUUUCACCAAGGUGUUUCCUUAACAGUGGAGGUGAAUUUGAGGUGCAGUUGGGUAAUAUUGGCGCAGAAUGUUGGGGGGAGAUGAUGAACCGGGCUGUUCAUGCUGCAGCUAGAGGAGGGAAUUUGGAGAUGUUAAGGCUGCUUCUUGAUGAUUGUUCUGAUGUUUUAAUGUAUAGGGAUGCUCAGGGAUCUACAAUCUUGAAUACAGCCUCUGGCAGAGGGCAGGUUGAGGUAGUAAAGGAUCUAGUAGCAUCCUAUGAUAUUAUCACCUCUACAGAUAAUCAAGGGAAUACAGCACUACAUGUGGCUGCUUACAGGGGUUACUUACCCGUGGUAGAGGCCCUGAUUCUAGCAUCUCCAUCACUAGCCUCCUUAACAAACAACUAUGGAGAUACUUUUCUACACAUGGCAGUGGAUGGUUUCCGGACCCCGAGUUUCCAAAGACUGGACCGGCAUAUUGGCCUCAUGAAGCAGUUGUUAUGUGGUAAGAUCGUGAACAUGGAAGACAUCAUCAAUGUCAGGAACAAUGGCGGAAGAACUGUGCUUCACAUGGCAGUAACUGAAAAUGUUCAAUCUAAUCUGGUUGACCUACUCAUGACUGUCCCAUCUAUCGGGUUGAACAUCCAGGAUGCCCAUGGGAUGACCCCUCUGGAUACUCUCAAGCAAAGGCCAAGAUCGGCAUCUUCUGAUAUUGUAAUAAAGCAGUUGAUUUCUGCUGGGGGGAUCUCCAACUGUGAGGAUCAUAGGGAAAGAAGCGCCCUUGUUUCCCAACUAAAAAUGCAGGGUGUUGGGAACAGAACUCCUGGAACUUGUUUCAGAGUCCCUGAUUCAGAGAUAUUAUUAUGCAUUGAUCAGUCGAGCAAUAAGAAGGCAGGUUCUGUAAAUUAUGGUGCAGGGCGCCUGAAGCUCCUGCUCCAGUGGCCCAGCAGAAAAGAGAAGAGUGCUGCUGGCAGCAGAGAGUUUAGAGAUGAUGAUAAUUCUCUGGAAUCAUCGUUCAGUAGAUCUAGAAACAUGGAAGAUAGUCUAAUCCCACUUCGGCAGAAGUACUCACAAUCAUCAUCCUUUCCAAACAAUCAUACAAGGACAUUUUCUCUUGUGGGUGAUCAUCCAAGCCCAUCCUCCAAAAAAAACUACAGACUGAGUUCCUUCGAUAAGAGGUUGAUGAACCAGCACUUCUGUUUUGGUGCUCAAGGCCUUGCUGUGGAAGAUUCAGUUCGCUGUGUGCAGCCAGAUAAGAAUCACAUGCGUUCAAGCUCUCUAGUAGCUUGAUUUGACUGUAUUAAGUACUACAACAGACAAAAAAUUAUACAAAAGUAAAUUCACAAGCUGAC